AUGAGUUUAUGGGGUGUAUAUACGGGGCCACAACCCCCUAAAAAACUGUUACAAGAAAUGACUCAAGAAGAACAAGCAGAAGAAGGAGCUCGACAAAUGAUUGGAUUUAUGAAUUCAUGUCCUGGUAAAACAAUAAUGGCGGGAGUUUCUGGAUUUGCCUUGGGUGGGUUUUUCGGAUUAUUUAUGGCAUCUAUGGCAUAUGAUACUCCAAUUGGAACUGAUGCUGUUAAACAUAUAUCGGAAUUACCAUUUAAACAACAAAUGAAAUUACAAUUUACUGAUAUGGCAAAAAGAUCAUAUUCAUCAGCGAAAAAUUUUGGUUAUAUUGGUAUGGUUUAUUCUGGAGUCGAAUGUACUAUUGAAAGUUUACGAGCAAAACAUGAUAUAUAUAAUGGAGUUAGUGCUGGAUGUAUUACGGGAGCUGGAUUAGCUAUUAAAGCAGGACCUCAAGCAGCAUUAGUUGGUUGUGCUGGGUUUGCUGCAUUUAGUUUGGCAAUUGAUAUGUAUUUGAAUAGUGAUGCAGCUCCACCACCUAAAAAUGAUUAUGAUAUAUAA